CCUGAAAACUGUAAAAACAAGAACGAUAAAAAAAAGAUGUUCAUUUUGUUGAAAACAGAAAUUCAUUUCCUUGGAGGAAGAAAUGGCCUUCUUUGUAACACUUCGUUGCCCUUCUUCUCUGUAUCAUUUCCCCCCGUCAAAGGUCUCUGCAACUUCUACAUCUUCAUCAAAGAUCUCUACACCAUCUUUCGCCUCCUCCCUGUCAAGUAUCAAUCGCCGGAAACCGUCAUCUAUCCGAUCGGCUUCGCUCCGAGAUCCACCAUCAUCUGGAGAAUUUCAGCCCGCGAUAUCCUUGACAGACAAUGCUCUAAAAUGCCUGGAUAAGAUGAGAGCCGAGCAGAAAAAGGAUUUGUGCCUUAGAAUUGGUGUCAAACAAGGAGGAUGCUCUGGUAUGUCUUAUACAAUGGAGUUUGAGAACAGAGAGAAUGCUAGAGCAGAUGAUACUAUCAUCGAGUACAAUGGCUUUGUCAUCGUUUGUGAUCCAAAAAGCCUACUCUUCCUCUUCGGGAUGCAACUAGACUACAGUGAUGCACUAAUGGGUGGAGGGUUCUCCUUCAAGAACCCCAAUGCUACACACACAUGUGGUUGUGGCAAAUCUUUCGCUGCUGAAAUGUGAUAAUUAUAUGCUCACUAAUAUCACUAGCUCUCUCUCUCUCUCUCUCUCUCUCUGUGUGUGUGUGUAAUAUGUGACACUUCUCUGUUUUAAAUUCAGUUACUCCAUGCCCUCAAAAACAAAGAGUUACUCCAUAUUACUUACUCCCUACAAACUUAUUUAAAACAUUUGUAAAAUUUACCCUGUCCCAAAAUAUUGAUUAAUUUUUCUAUUUCGGGAUGUCGCAAAUGAUUGUCCACAUCCAAAAAUAGUAAAAUUGGAGAAGUAUAGUGUUGUCAUCAUGUUGAGCAAUAGAGUAUAUGAAUAUUU